AGAGCUGGAUGAUGGGGAGUUUUUGAGGACCUGGAGCCCCGGAUUGCUGACGCGGAUAGAGAGAGGGGCUGCGUGAGAAGAUGUCGCUCGGGGUUUUGGUUUUCUCUCUGUUUCUGAUGUUUCCGCGGACAGGAAGUUAUUUCUCGGAGGAGAAUUACGCGGAGGAGUCGGAGAUGCAGCCGCCCACCGUGGUGAUGGCCAUCAUCGCCCGCAACGCAGCGCACUCUCUGCCUUACUACCUCGGAGCUCUGGAGAGACUCAACUACCCCAAAGAGCGCAUCUCCAUCUGGGCGGCGACAGACCACAACAUUGAUAACACCACUGCGGUGCUGAGGGAGUGGCUCACCGUCAUGCAGCAGCACUAUCACUACAUCGAGUGGCGGCCCAUGGACAAGCCCACGUCUUACGCAGGUGAAAUGGGGCCUAAACACUGGAGUAACGGCCGCUACGAACACAUCAUGAGGCUCAAACAGGCAGUGCUGAAUUUCGCCAAGAAACGCUGGGCUGAUUAUAUCCUGUUUGCAGAUACAGAUAACAUCCUGACCAACCCGGACACGCUGAACCUCCUCAUGGCUGAGAAUAAAUCUGUAAUCGCACCCAUGCUGGAUUCUCAGUCGGCCUACUCCAACUACUGGUGUGGCAUCACGCCUCAGGGUUACUAUCGCCGCACAGCCGAGUACUUCCCGACCAGGAACCGGUACCGGAAAGGCUGUUACCCUGUUCCCAUGGUCCACUCCACCAUGCUACUGGACCUGCGCAAGGAGGCCACCAAGAACCUGGCCUUCUACCCACCGCACGCCGAUUACUCCUGGCCCUAUGAUGACAUCAUCGUCUUUGCUUUCUCCUGCAGAGUUUCAGAGGUUCAGAUGUACGUGUGUAAUAAAGAGCGUUACGGAUACCUGAACAUUCCGGCGAAGCCGCAUCAGAGCGUGGAGGACGACCGCAUUAACUUCGUCCAUCUCUGCCUCGAGGCUCUGAUCGAUGGACCCCCCAUGUAUUUGUCCCGUUAUGUUCACGUUCCUCCCAAGCAGACGGACCUGAUGGGCUUUGAUGAGGUUUACCUGAUAAACCUGCGCAGGCGGCCUGACCGCAGAGACAGGAUGCUGUGGUCUCUCUAUGAGCUGGAGAUCAACGCUAAAGUGGUGGAUGCUGUGGACGGAGCAGCUCUGAACAGCAGUGAUAUUAAGAUCCUGGGCGUGGACCUUCUGCCUGGGUAUUAUGACCCAUUCUCUGGCCGCACGCUCACAAAAGGGGAGGUGGGAUGUUUCCUCAGCCACUACUACAUCUGGAAGGAGAUGGUGGACAUGCAGCUGGACACAGCUCUGAUCUUUGAGGACGAUGUUCGGUUUGAGGGCAACUUCAAACGGCGCCUGAUGAGGAUGAUGGACGAGGUGGAGCAAGCCGAGCUCGACUGGGACAUCAUAUACCUGGGCAGGAAGCAGGUGAACCCAGGUGAGGAGGACCCUGUGGAAACCGUGAAGAACCUGGUGGUUGCUGGUUAUUCGUACUGGACGCUGUCCUACGCCAUCUCACUGCAGGGAGCUCAGAAGCUGAUCAACGCUGAGCCGAUCUCCAAAAUGCUUCCUGUAGAUGAGUUCCUGCCCAUCAUGUACGACAAACAUCCUAACGAAGACUACAAAUCCCACUUCCUGAACCGGAACCUGCAGGCGUUCUCAGCAAGCCCCCUGCUGGUGCAGCCAUGUCAUUACGCAGGCGAUGCUGAGUGGGUGAGCGACACGGAGACGUCCACGCUGUGGGACGAUGAUAACGUCCCCACAGACUGGAGGGGCUCAUACAAGAGUCUGAAGGGCGGAGCGCCACCGGCUGGCAUUCAGAACGCCGCCUACAGGGACGAGCUGUGAAAUGCAGCGCGGAGUGCGUGAGAGACAGAGAGAGAGAGACUCGGCCUUCCUGGACGUAUGUGUAGUGUGAGAGGAGGUAACCAUACAGCUCCUAACGGAGAACAUUCCUGAACAUGGACACCCGGGGACUGAAGAGUGUGACACACAGGAGACCUUUAAUAACCUGUGUGUGUGUUUUCUAAGGUACCGUACAUACAAUGCAGUCUGUAAGGAGUUAACACAAUUUUUGUCAUUUUAAAGAAGUGAAAACUAAAUAUAGAACGGCUGGAAAGUUUAAACAGUCAGUCUGGGGGAAAAGGUCUGUAAUGUGGGUUUUGGUUCAAAAAUGCACUAAGCGGUUCAUUUUUAUUACUUUAUUUUGACUUUACAGUCUCACGCUGGUCUGUUUACUGGUGUAUUAUCACAUCUUUGGUCCUCUUGUUGAGGAGCAACAGAUCUGGAAGGCCACAUUAUCUACAAUUAACUCAAGUCCUAAGAUUAAUUUCAUAAAUUCAGAGACGUUUUGGGAAAGUGGUUGAAAUGUCUUGUAUGGCUCACUUCCCAUGAACCUCCAUGAGCUCAGAAACAAACAAACAAAAUCUCUGAAAGUGUCAAAAAUUGUCUGAUCCAAAUCCACAGGCUGCACUGUAUGUGGUUGCAUUAAGGUUUUUUUUUCUAUAUAUUUUUUAAAGGUACUAUGUGCAAGAAUUUGGCCACCUGGUGAAUUUAGACUGCACAUUCACAGCAGAUAGGGGGCAGUAUAUCACCAGAAAUUUAGGGUGUCCAGCUGUAUCAUAAGAAACAAGGCAAUGCAGAGCCCUCCGUCCUCCCCUCCCCCCCACAAAAAAAACCCCACACCACAAACACUUACAGGAUUCUCACUCGUGACUCUAUCGUGCCAUGACCCACUACAGGGAUCAAACCAGCCGGGUUUUAUAGGAGUCAUGAGUUCUACAAAAUCGUCAACUACUAACUAACAGCAAAAUUCAACCAAACUGCUGAAAGUCUGAGAACCGAUCAGCAGAACACUGUUCUCAUAUAACAUAAUGUUCGCGUGUGGUGUCAGGGUGUGGUUUACAUUACAGCUCGAUUAGCUCAGUGUUUAGCAAGAAACCAGCCACAGCAGCCUGACAGAGAUUUUAUAGCUUUAAAACCUGCACAAGGUGCAAACUCCCGCUCCAAAACUGACUUAGUUUACAGCGGAGGGGCGUGCGGGCGGAGGGGCGUGCGGGCGGAGGGGCGUGCGGGCGGAGGGGCGUGUAAUCCAGUCUGUAGCCGCUGUUUUGUCCAAAUAGCGUUGUUUGGCCUUGUGAGUCCCUUUCUCCUAGUAGAGUCCCUUUUCUUUCUCUUCUCCAAAAAUACUACAAACCAACACCAGACAUGGUAACCGCAAAUCCACGUUUCAAUGCCUGGAUUCCAGAUGUUUCUGCAAGUCGCAGUGAUUAGCACAUCUGACUAUAAGGCCGAUGAGCUGUUGCCAUGGCAUGAUGUCCGUCGUCCACAAUUCAGUUAAAUCGUAUCUUCUCCAUCAAUUCUCCACGGAUUUCCAUUCCAAUUGUUUUGUUUGAAAGAACUCAAUCACUUCGCACAAAACUUGGUCAUUGUUUUGUCAAAUUUUUGCUAACAAACAGCUGAUGAGGUCACGUUAGCGAGUUUUUGGACUUUCCACUAGAAUUGUAUCUCCUCUCUCGUUUCUCAUCUGAUUCCAGUUCUGAUGGAUGUUUUGGGUCGAGCUUCCCUCGGGGAACAAAAUUUGGUCCUUUGUUGAUGUUCCUGUUGUAAACAGUUUGUCGUGGCGGUUGGUCCUCUCUCACAUCGUCACAUUUCAGUUCUGUUUGAUGUUUUUCUCGUCGUGGUUGUUUUGAUCCAGGCCAGAUGAGCUCCUACACCCUUGACGUUCUGGUUCGUUUCCUUCUUCUCUGUUCCUUAGUUUUCAGCAGUCAGUAAAAAGCUAGCUCAGAGAUGAACGUGUGCGAAACUGGAUGCUACAGUGACUCACUAUUACCUCUUGAGGUACAAAGUGGUAUUGCGAGACACAUGGAGCGUCCUGUCUCAGGGUUAGCUGGUUAGCAUGCUAACUUCAGUAGAUAUCGAAGCAACAUGGUACACAGACGUCUUCACCAAAACUCUUAUUUCUUCACACUUUUUUUUUUUUUGGAUAAUUUUAGUUAAUUUUUAAAAAAUAUUGAAGACUGAAACUCUUACACAUCGCCCCUUUAAAGGUCAUAGGUAAGGGUCGGAGGUGGAACGUAGAAUAUCAACUUUAUUGUCUAGAAGAACGACCCAAAAAGCAAAUUCAAUCUUCCUGGUGUCUAAUUUGCACCUAAAAUUGAAUAAAACGGUUAAAAUAUACUGUUUUGCCCAAUUUCUGAAGGUUUGUUUACAUCUCACUUAUGCACACUUUCACCGCCAAGGGACCGUCGUCGUGACGUCAUUUAAGCCAAACAGACCGGGAGCAGCUCUGUGUUUACCUGCGAACCGAGCACACGUGUACGGACUUUGGUCGAGAGAGGUUGCGUAAAAUGUCUGAAAGCGAUAGUAAUUUGAAGUAGGAACUCUCCAAAUUGAAUAUCGAAAGGUGAAACCAUAUAUGUAUGAACCUAUGGCCGUUGCGAAGCAAUCGGUGAAUGUGGCUCACUGGUUUGACCGUGUGGCCUCGGAAUCGGACAGCGACUCGACCGACUCUGAUCGCGGCGACCCCGGACCUCAACAAGACUCGCGCCCAAACGAUUUAUCCUGGUAGUUAUGAUAAAUUCCUACUUUCGUCGUAAUACUAAAUAAGAGCCCUUUUGAAGAAUAAUUAAACCACACGGGCACACACAUAAUCCCUAUAAUAUAACGUGGAUUCGUUUAUAUUGCUAAUAUAAAAUAUUGCUAAUAGUAAUACGAGCAUUAUACUAUUUAUAGCCGACUCUAAGUGAGGAAAAAUCCCUUUGUCUCAUUUCCACAGUGAUUGUACAGGAUCCCUCAGGAUUCUUGACUCGUCAAUUGCAAGCAAAAGUAAAAAUGUUUACCUCCAAUCUUCUCCUUUUUGCUUGAGCGUUGCUGCUCCGUUUCUUCUUUGACUGCUUGAUUUUGUGUUUGAAUUUUCUUGGAACAGCAUCAGGUUUGAGCUUCUCUGUCCGACACUGACACCUAAACUCUCCAACAGAUGGGGAUUCUUCAAAAAUGAAUCAUCGUCGAAGUACCCGGCUGCCAACCCUCUCGCUUCACGCGCUCAAUCCUCUCGCUCUGCCUCUUCUCCUCUCUCGGUAAAAGCUUCUUCCUGAACCGGUCCCGUUGUUACAGUUCACUGCACAACUAUAAGGCAUGGGGGGUUUUUCUUUGGAAAUUCCUAAACGCAUGUCUGCACUCGAGCCGAAUGGCAAUGUACAUAAACGGAAGUGGGCUCAACUCGAGCGGUUUGUUUGUUUCUUAAAUGACGUCACGCGCCGAGUGGUCACGAAAAUAGCCGAACAGAAAUUCGCCGCGAUCCGCGCUAACUUAUUUUAAUUAUUACUUAUUAACAAUACUUCUUGGGACCAGAAGAAAAUUACAGAGCGUUUUUAACAUAUAAAGUUUCAAAUGUGCAUAAAUUGAAAAUCUUUGCCUAUGACCUUUAAACUUUGCGGCGUCCAAUAGACCCCUUUCACAUGACGUCACCGCGCCGCGAGAUUUUGUUAGGCACCAUAUUGGAAGACCAAGUACAUGCACUCACAAUAUAAAACAAAGUACGAGCGAGAGUAAAGUGACAUGAUGGAUGAUAAUUCGGGUUAUGUGAGUACAUUACCAGCUGCAGAAAGGGCACGGUAUGUGGAGAAACUGGCUGUGAUUGAUGGGUUUGACCCAUAUGAUAAGACUCAGAAAAAAUUAUGUGAAUCCAAGCACACAGUUUAACGCAAAAGUUCGUUUAUAUCCCGACCUUGUCAGCUGUCAGAUUUAUGUUAAUGGACCCGGUAAGCUGGUAAAUAAUAUUUAUUUUUUUUCUUUACCAAAUUCUAACACAGAACGAGAGCGCCCGAAAGGGAAAACCGAGCCGAGCCGCCUCACGGCUGUAAUGCAAAUUGCUUUCCUCCUCGGUAUACAAGUGCGCUUCCAUGGCAGGGAAAAAGAAACUAGAUUUUGCCGCCUAUGUAGUGCCCUAUUUAAACAAAUAGGAGUCAUUCAGGAUUCAGCCAUGUUUUUGCUCCGUGUUUUUACUUGACCAAAGUUAUACAGUAUUAUGAGCUUUAAAUUGCAUAAAUAAAACCAUUUGGUGAAACUUUGAAGAAGAGAUUGUACUGGUUUAAAGUUUUUACCGAACGUUUUCAUGUCGACUCCAAUUAAUACACUAGUAGAAUCGAUGACUAGUUUAGUAGGCCAAAACUUUUUUCAAUUUUUGACUGUACCAGCCUGAAAAAACUUGCGACAGUCAAAUGGAAAAAAAGCAGGCUGGUCAUGUUGUACUGGACUAAUCUAUGACUGAGUAUAGUAAGUGAUACUAGUACUGAUACAAUAAAACAGACGACUGUAAUCUGGUAGGCAGCACGAUUUAUAUUAUUUCUCCGUGUCAGAUACAUAAGGAGGACCGGACACCAAUUCUGCCAUCUGUUUGCUACCCAGACAUUGUAAACUAUUUGUUGUUUACACCCAGUGCCUACACUGCUGAUGACUUGAAAGCCUACAAAGGGCUACAGGCUUACAAUUACCGUAUUGGCUCGAAUAUAAGACGGUGUUUUUGUUGUAAAAAAUAGCUCUUAAAAAGGGGGGUCGUCUUAAAUUCGCGGACUAGACAAAAUGCCGCCAAAAACGAAAGUGAAAGUGAGGACAGUGAGAGUGAGCAAAGUGAGGCUGAGGAUCUCUGUGCUGAGUAGCUGUAAUUUAGCAAACUACCCUUUCCAUUGUUUCAGUUGUUUAUUAUUGUAAACCUUAAUGUAUUGUUUAAUGCAUUGUUUAAAGCAUUUGCACUGUUCUGCAAAUUUAUUCCAUAUACCCGUAGGCUAUGGGAAGUUAAUGCAUUGACAUUCUGAAGUUUAUGAACUUUCAAUCUAAACCUGACAAAUUUGUUGAAUUAAUGCAAUUUAAAUGUUUUAAUUUGGCUUGUCUAGUAGCCUGCAGUUUAGCCUCUUUUUUUUUUUUUUUU